AUGUUGAGCCGUUUUUCGGACGUGCUGCAAACUGCGGCGGACGUUCUGGCACCUCCGGCUACACGGUUGGAGGAUUUCGAGUACCAUUGGAAGAUGAUACUGAAUUUUUACCAGAAUUAUGACGAGAACAACAAACUGCAUGUUGAGGAGACCAGGAUACCGCAUCACCUGCAUCAAAUGUUACAGUUGAUAGUGGACGAAGAGAAAGAACAGCAAGGUGGCACAGUAGGGCCGUGCAUGGAGGCUAUAGUGCAGCGGUCCGUGUGCCUGCUGGACGCGCUGUGCGCGCUGGCGGCGGCCGAGCGGCCCCCCGGCGCGCGCGCGCUCGCGCUCACCACCGGCACCGCGCUGCUGCGCAGGACCAGGCAGCCCUGUGUUAAUAGUGCGCAUGUUUAUAGGCCUCUACAGAGAAUGUUAAUACAAUGCAAUGAGAAUCCAGCGUCACCGACAGAGAAGGAAGAAGUAGAACUACUGUUGACCCUUUGUGGGUUAGUGCGCAAAGAGCCAGGUCUAGCCAAUAUCUUCACGACACCCUUCGUUGAAGAUAAAUCCACGUUACUCAGUAUACCUGAAGAUAUACAGAAAUUAAUACCUAUUAGGAGUAAGAUACAAACACCAAAGAAGAACCCUUUAUUCGAAGUAGAGUUGCCCCCGAAUCCACUACGAAAUGUAUCGAUAAUUCGAACAGGCAAGGACGAUUGUAACGCCACCUCUAGCAGCUCAGCUGAUGACAAUGCUUCGUGCAAGAGCCAGAAAACAGUAUACGAUGACAAUGAUAAAUUCUUACUUAUUGAUCUGCUGUUAUCUUAUUUGAAUAGUGCCGACAACCAAGUAGUCCUCCGUGCGUGUGAAGGUAUAAUGAUAGUAUCGUCGCUGCCUGAGGACGACAUCGCCAACUUGGUGACAAGUUGCAGUCCUGCCUGCGAGACCAUCGUACACAAGCUGGCGGCCAAGUACAGAGCCAUACCAGCCAAUGUUGACCCCAGCGAUGUAGACCAUCUCAAUAUCACUUGGGCAUAUGUAGCGCAAGACUUUGGUGAUAAAUCAUACAGCAAAUUCCACGGGUAUAGAGAACUGACGAGCUUCUUCUCAUGGUUAGACUACUGCGAUACUCUGAUGAAGGAAUGUCAUCCAACAAUAGCGUCGCAUUUAUCCCGAACGUUCCGUCAGAACUUCCUAGAGGGCGCUGCGGAGUCUGGUCUGACUGACUUACACCACGCUGUGCUAGUUACGGCAAUAUUAGCCAAGUGUCUUAAAGUCAUCGAUUCUCCGGAUCUUAUUAAUGAGUUCUCGAACUGGCUCGUAGGAGAGGGCGAGGUGUCGGAGUGGCCGCUCCUCCUGGCGCUCGUCAACAACUGUCUCACCGACAACCACGACCUCACGCUCGAGACUCUGCGGUUCUUUGAAACGAUAAUAGAGAAGGGCACGGAGCACAGUAUCCACCGCGUGGUGCUGGCGCGCGUGGUGUCGCGCGGGUACUGCGCCGCGCCGCCCGCCGCCGACGACGACGAGAGGGACCGCCUCAACGACCUCUCUAUCGGACGCGAGCGGGAAUAUAACAGGGAAGCGAUGAAACAGCUACAACACGAGGACCACGUGAACGAGCAGAUCACUGACAUACUGGCGCAUGAAGGACUGGAACCGGGACUACGGCCCGGGGAUGAUAACAUACAUCGAGUUAUUAACAGUUUCCUGCUACUUUUGCCGCGGGCGAUACUCUCCGACCCGGUGGGCGCCGACUACGAACAUUAUAUACACGAUGCCCAUAGACGAUAUCAGUACUGGCUAGACGCGACUUCGACAUUCAACUGGCCAGCAGACUACAACGGUGUAGAUACUACUGCCAGCUCCACACACAGCUACGACAGCCGACCUGAAGCUGACAUACACCUGGACGAGGCCUUCGAGCCAAUCAAACUAGAACAAAAAGACCCGAAACAGUUCUCACAAAGACUAGUCUUAAGAUCCCGAGAUCUCACCUCACAAAGUUCGCAAACUGAAGAAGAAUUUGAUGAAGGAAUCUUCUUCAAAAUGAUAUUCAAACUCCUUGCAAAUAUGCCUUCACAACCUUACCAAGUCAAUUUGCAUCUGACUUCAAUUAUAUCUCAAUUAGCAUUGUUGCCCCAUCCAAAUCUGCACGAGUAUUUGCUUAACCCAAUGUUACCGACGGCUAAGAAAACCCCGACGUUGUUCAAAACCCUCCAAGAGGUGGCGCGGCGGUUGACAAUGGAGAUCCCGAGGUUAAGGAACUAUAAGAAGAUUAUUGAGAAUACUCGGCUCUGGCUCAUGAGUGAGGAUCCUAGUUAUGAUGAGAAUGCCGACCACAACCAGUUAGUAGAAAGCCUGAUAGUUCUCGAAGAGUUUUGCAAGGAGCUGGCAGCUAUAGCGUUCGUCAAAUACCAACAUACGCUGCAUAUGCAGAGGUAA